GUUCAUUUACCCACUUCGUGCCCUCACCCAAAAUGGCCGCUGGCGCUUCCCAGCCUUCUUACGGCGGGCGUGGCGCCGGCAGGUCCCAGGGGCCGCUCUGCCUGCACGCUAUGGGUCGGGGCGGUGGCGGGGCUGCAGGAAGCGGAGCUCUCUCGGCGUCUCAUUCAAAGCGCGUCCGGGCGGGUGUGCUGCUACGGACAGAGAGGUUUCAUGAGUGAGAUUGGGCUGUUGGCAGUUUCUUCUGAAGAUGUACAUGUUGGUUGAAAACCGCACAAGUUCCUAUCUUCAUCUGAAGAGGUCACCUGGCAUCCGAUCUUGGUCUCUCUUUGUUGGAAUAGCCUCCAUAGGUUUGGCUGCUGCUUAUUACAGUGCAGAUGGCUUGGCAUGGAAGCUCUUCUAUAUGGCUGGGUGCUUCUUUGUGGCAGCGCAGAAUCUGGAGCAGUGGGAGGAAGCUGUGUUUGAUAAGAAGAAGGGAACAAUCUGCCUGAAGACAUUCAGUCUUUACAAAAAAAUCCUGACCUUCUCAAAAGGAGGCUAUGAACAAGUAGUGGCUCCGUUGAACGAGGUCCUAGAUGUGAACGUGGAAGAGGAGACUGUGCGCUACUUUGGGAAGGGUUACCUGGUGGUGCUGCGAUUUGCCACUGGCUUUUCACACCCACUGACUCAGAGUGCAGUGCUGGGCUGCAGAAGUGAUGUGGAAGCAGUUGCCAAACUCAUCAUGAAUUUUCUGGAGCUGGACAGAGUAGAGAGCCCACAAGAUUUCUCUCAGAGCAGCGAAACAGAGGCUAGUGAUGCAGAUGAACCACAGGAUAAAUACUAAGUCACCAGGAGCUGAAGAAAGCAGAGGCUUUCAAAUGUCUGGAAAUCUGCUGAUGGUUCUUCAGGAAAAGAAAUCUUGCUCUCCUGACCAGGGCAUUUCUCUACAUGGGCAUUUACAAUGGGAGGAAUCUGUCUUGGGGCACGUUUUUUAGUGCUACACUGCUUCAAGAUCCCUGCUCUCAGUAUUGCCAUUGCAGAGUCCAAAGCAAAUUCCAUUUUAUAUGCUCCUUUGCCUUAGUUCCUGCACUUGGACAGAUAUUGCUUUCCUGUUAAUGGAGACACAGAUGUUAACUUCCACUUCCUGCAAUCAUCUGUUGCAGGUAGAGUAUAGGAAAUGCAGAAGAGCUGACCUGGUAACUCAUAAUGCUUUGAGGUUUGUCUUGAAAUGUUGUAAAUGACUGAAUAUACUGCUAAACUGGUUUUGAGCAGCUUAAUAUAUGCAAUUAGGUGAUGUAGAACAGGGCACUGUGACAUUCUCUACUACUGAUUUGCCAUUAGGUACCAGUGGAAAUUAAAGCUUGAGUGACUGUCUUGGAAUUGGAAACAUGAGGCUGAUGAGCUUGUCUGUCUUCUCUUGGAUUUGCCAAGGAGCCAUAAAUUGUGAACAAGAAGUGAGCACAUUGAUGAUUUCAACAUCUUUAGGAUGUUCUAGCUUAAUCCUGUUCUGCUUAACUUCUGGCAUAGGCUACUCAAAACCAGAAUAACCUUUUCCAACACCUCAACUUUUUUUUUUUACUAUUGUAGCCUUGUAUUUGAAAAGGAAGGAAAGCACAUCUGGUACUUUAGGUAGGGAAAAGACUGAUGUCAAACAACAUGGUAGCCUAGACUUGUUUUAGUAUUUCCUCACUUGAAAGGAUCCUGAAGUGCUAUAUAACUUUUUUUUUUAAACAUAGCUGGGAUAUAUCCAAUGUUUGACCUGCACCCAUGUUUUAGUCCCAGUGUGUAGUGUCCUGUGUUCUCACCAGUGGUUUCACAAAUAGGUAAAAUAGGAGUUUGCCAAGGUUUUUUUGGAAGCAAAAGCUACCUCUUAGUCAACAUGUUCUGUCUAGAAGUAAAACUUCUUCAUGCCUUUAUCAACUUGUCAGUAGAGGGAAAAGUUGUUAAAUUGUAGAGGGAAGUUGUUAAGAGCUGAAAGUUCCUUCAGCAUGCUGGAACUGCUUGUAUGAAAGUUCACUAGGUCUUACUUGGGAAUUCUAUGGUCUGGAGACCUGAAUUAGAAAAUACUUACACAGCUCCUUCUACAUCUGAACUGGGUACAAGGUAACUGUGUGGUCUGCUUUACCAUUUGGCCAGCAGCAUAUGUCUUCUGGUAGUGGUUUUCUUCAAGACUUAGAAGAACCUGCAUUCUUGCUUCAGAGCACUCUACCUCUGAAGAGACAGCUAGGAAAGGAUUUUUGUUGCUCUAACCCUGCACUGUAUCAUGUGCCCUGCUUCUGCUGAGCUCUCUUGUGCAUCUUGGAGUAUGUUCUUGAUGUCAGGAAUGUGUACACUCAUGGACUAUGCAGUAUCAGACACUGUAAGGAAAAUGGUAUCUGUAGGAGGAGCAGUGAUCUGUAGUGAGGUAGAACAUAGCUUGAAAUACAUCCUGUGGAGUUAAGCUGCUUUUUUAGUUACUGUCCUGUGAUCUCUUCAGAAGUGUUCUGUAGUGUUCCCCUACACUUCAGUGUCCUGCUGAUGGCAGGGAUGGCUGCUGGCAUGUACUGUGUGCCUAGGAGAGUGUUGACUCUUCAUCCUUUCACAUACAGCAGCUGGUAAAAUCUCCUGUGUCAUUUCCAUUUAGCAUUUGGCAGCACUGUCACCAUACAAACUGGUUUCUAAUGGGAACUGGAGUUCCUCAGACAGAGCUAAUGUGAAGGGGGACUAAGUGAAUGCUCCAAAUGCUGUGGGUUCUGUCUGUGGGCUGUACAUUGGGCACUGCUGGCUGGUACCAACAGCUGGGGGCUUACAGUGCAGAUAAAGGAUGUCUUGUCUUUCCAGUUGGAUGCUGUACACACCUGUGCUGCACAGGCUGAUGUCUGUCUCUUGAACUAGGUUUAGAGCUUCCCAUCUUCAAAAACUGUCCCAGAUUUUCAUGCUUUGCAGUUACUGUGCAUGGAAAAUUAACUUGCCAGUUUGCAUUAAUCUGGAUUUGGUUAUGGCAACAUCUGUGGGCUCCUCAGCAAUGAUGCAGCUGGAAGGAGCUGUUUAGAAGAGCAAGUGCUAACUCGGGGCAGGUUCUGUUCUUCCCUCUUUCUGCUAGUCCCCUCUGAACCGCUUUGCCUGCCAAUUUUCACCGUUUUGCUGAAGGCUUUGUUUGGAUGGUUUCCUCACUUCCCUUGGGCCUAGCAUAUUGAAAAGUCCAGUGAAUGUAGCCUUAUGUGUGCCUGUGUAAAGUGGCUUGUGCUGGAAGGAAUGAUGUGAAAGACUAGGUUAGGAAAUGAGAUACUGCUAGAAGAGUGGUACAGAGGUAUUGGGUAUAAGGCUUUGCAUCUUGGGCUGUCUAGUAACUUGAGACUAGACAGUUGUAGUUUGACUUCCAAAUUAUUUGAAAGCUGCAUAAAACAUCUUAAGUUAGAUCUAAAGCUCUUCCCCUAAAGCAAACUCUUUCUGUUAUGUCCUUUAAUCCAAGUGCAUGCCACUUGGCAAGACACUUCAGCUUGAGUAGCACAUCUGAAGCUACUUGCAUGUGUGUGGUUGGAUGGGAUCAUGGCCUUAGCUGCUGUACUGAGCAGGAGCAAGACUCUGUGUUGUAUAGAGGGAGGAAAUUGCAUUCUUUGAGCUAUGAUCUAAUAUUCCAGUAACUAGGAUCCAUUGUGCAAGGCCCUGAGGAAAAAAAGAGUAUUUAUAGUGUAUAGCUGAGUGAUAGUGUAUAGUGCAUUGAUGAAGUUACAUAGACACAAAAACUAAGCUGGCAUAUACAGUAAAUAAGAGUCCUGGUUCUGACACUGUAGUAGGUUGAGAGGCAAAAAUACUGCUGGAAAAUGGUUUGAAAUUGCUUUCCUACUUUUAAAAUUGCAAGUAGAAUUUCAGCAAGGUAUUGUAUGUUGUCAUGGUUUUAUGAAUGGCUGUUUUUAAAGACUUUUGAUAACUUGCUUUGUGUCACUGUAGUCUUUUCUAUUGUUUUUCAUUAAAAUAUUAAUGACUGACUGAAUUACCACUUGGCACAGACCUGUUGAAGGAGUUAAUGGGGGAAGAACACAAUAAAGGAAUCUCAAUAGCUAUCUCCUUACUGACCUGCUUGCACUUAGAGCAGCCAACACUGCACUGAAUAUAUUUGCAUUCCCCCUCCUUGAAACCAACCAACCAGAGGCUUACUUCUAAAAAAACUUUGAAUAUCAAAAGAUUUAUUGAAGUAAAAUAAAGAUCUUGUUUACUUAUGUGUAUCCCUUUUGUAAUUAAGGUAUACAGAGCAACUGACUAGAUAAAAAUCUGCGUGUGGCCUGCAGCUCUCAUUUAAUAAGUUAAGAGGUUUGUCUUCUGCUGUGCUGCUUGUGCUUUCUCUAGCCAGAGCUCUACUCCUUAGACUGUUCCAAGAAAUUCUCAACACCUGUACAUACAAAGCCAAGAAAGCAGAAAAUGAAGCAACCAGGUAAAGAAUAUCUCAAAUCUUCACAGUAAUGUACUUAACUACCAGACCUUUGACUUAUUUUCCCUCUGGCGAUUAUCUUAAUGCUCCAGUUUGGCCCACAGAAUGUAUUGCUAUAUAUUAGUAGAAGUUCAAUGUUAAAGCAGAAUAAAAUGUAGCCUUUUCCCCUCA